CCGCCCAUCCGGGCCUCGGGUCCUGACAAUUGGCCGGUGGGGGUGGGGUUCGCAGAGCCCCAAUGAAUGGGGGAGCCGGAAGCAGGAAGUGAGUUUGCGAACAGAGCGGCUGCUGCAGCAGGGCCCAUGGCGGACACCCAGUACAUCUUACCCAAUGACAUCGGCGUGUCUAGCUUAGACUGCCGCGAGGCCUUCCGCCUGCUGUCAUCCACUGAGCGUCUCUAUGCCCACCACCUGUCUCGAGCCGCCUGGUAUGGAGGCCUAGCUGUGCUGCUGCAGACCUCCCCUGAGGCCCCCUACAUCUACGCUCUACUCAGCCGCCUCUUUCGUGCCGAGGACCCCGACCAGCUACGCCAGCAUGCCCUGGCUGAGGGCCUUACAGAGGAGGAGUAUCAGGCGUUCCUGGUCUAUGCUGCAGGUGUCUACUCCAACAUGGGCAACUACAAAUCUUUUGGUGAUACCAAGUUUGUUCCCAACCUGCCCAAGGAGAAGCUGGAACGUGUAAUUCUGGGGAGUAAGGCCGCUCAGCAGCACCCAGAAGUCGUCAGGGACCUCUGGCAGACCUGUGGGGAACUUAUGUUCUCUCUGGAGCCGGGGCUCCGACACCUUGGACUGGGGAAGGAGGGUAUCACCACCUAUUUCUCUGGGGAUUGUACCAUGGAAGAUGCCAAACUGGCCCAAGACUUUCUGGACUCACAGAACCUCAGUGCCUAUAACACACGGCUCUUCAAGGAGGUCAACCAGGAAGGGAAGUCCUGCUAUGAGGUGCGACUGGCUUCUGUCAUGGGCACAGAGCCUACUCUGGAUUCUGAAGUUACCUCUAAGUUGAAGAGCUACGAAUUCCGGGGUAGUCAUUUCCAAGUGACCCGGGGUGACUACUCCCCCAUCCUCCAGAAGGUGGUGGAGCACCUGGAGAAAGCUAAGGCAUAUGCAGCCAACAGUCACCAGGAGCAGAUGCUGGCCCAGUACAUGGAAAGCUUCACCCAGGGCUCCAUCGAGGCCCACAAAAGGGGCUCACGCUUCUGGAUCCAGGACAAAGGCCCCAUUGUAGAGAGUUACAUCGGGUUCAUCGAGAGCUACCGGGACCCCUUUGGCUCCCGAGGAGAGUUUGAAGGCUUUGUGGCCAUGGUGAACAAGGCCAUGAGUGCCAAGUUUGAGCGGCUGGUGGCAAGUGCGGAACAGCUGCUGAAGGAGCUGCCCUGGCCCCCUGCCUUCGAGAAGGACAAGUUUCUCACACCUGACUUCACCUCCCUGGAUGUUCUCACCUUCGCUGGCUCCGGCCUUCCUGCUGGCAUCAACAUCCCCAACUACGAUGACCUGAGGCAGACAGAAGGCUUUAAGAAUGUGUCGCUGGGGAAUGUGCUGGCUGUAGCCUAUGCCACGCAGCGGGAGAAGCUCACUUUCCUGGAGGAGGAGGACAAGGACCUGUACAUCCGCUGGAAGGGGCCUUCCUUUGAUGUGCAGGUAGGCCUGCAUGAACUGCUGGGCCACGGCAGCGGCAAGCUCUUCGUGCAGGAUGAAAAAGGAGCAUUCAACUUUGACCAGGAGACAGUGAUUAACCCAGAGACAGGGGAGCAGAUUCAGAGCUGGUACCGGAGUGGGGAGACCUGGGACAGCAAGUUCAGCACCAUUGCCUCCAGUUAUGAAGAGUGUCGAGCCGAAAGCGUGGGCCUCUACCUCUGCUUCAACCCCCAAGUGCUGGAGAUCUUUGGCUUUGAGGGGGCGGAUGCGGAAGAUGUGAUCUAUGUGAAUUGGCUCAACAUGGUUCGGGCUGGACUGCUCGCUCUGGAGUUCUACACCCCCGAGGCUUCCAACUGGCGCCAGGCUCACAUGCAGGCCCGGUUUGUGAUCCUGAGGGUCUUGCUGGAGGCUGGUGAGGGACUUGUCACCGUCACUCCUACCACAGGCUCUGAUGGGCGCCCUGAUGCUCGGGUCCGCCUUGACCGCAACAAGAUCCGGUCUGUGGGCAGACCCGCCCUGGAACGGUUCUUGCGGAGACUCCAGGUGCUGAAGUCCACGGGGGAUGUGGCUGGAGGGCGGGCCCUGUAUGAGGGGUAUGCGGCAGUUACUGAUGCACCUCCCGAGUGCUUCCUCACCCUCAGGGACACAGUGCUGCUGCGCAAGGAAUCUCGGAAGCUCAUCGUUCAGCCUAACACUCGCCUUGAAGGCUCAGAAGUGCAGCUUCUUGAGUACGAGGCCUCAGCUGCUGGCCUCAUCCGAUCCUUCUCUGAGCGCUUCGCAGAAGAUGGGCCUGAAUUGGAGGAGAUUCUUACCCAGCUGGCCACAGCUGAUGCCCGAUUCUGGAAGGGCCCCAGCAAAACCCCACCUGGCCAGGCUUGAAUAAGAUUUGUGUAGGCCCUUUUCCAUCAAAUUAAGGCUGCAAGUGGCCCUCCAUUUGUACUUGUGUUUAGGGGAUAAGGGAGGGGCAGGAGCUUAGACCUUGGUGCUACCUCAGCUGAGGGUGGUGACACUAACCCCUUCCAUUUGUCAGCACUUUCCAAUUUACCAAGUGCUUCCCUCUGUUAUCUCAUUUGAUCUGCACUGCCACCUAUGGAGUAGGCAAAGCAGGGUUCACAAUCCUAUUUCUCAGAUGAGGAAAUGGCAUUUCUGAGAAGUGAUGGUCUAGAUCUCGCAGGUGGUUUGCGAGAGAGCCAGGGCUUAAGAUGUACUCCCCAAAUCCAAUGCUCCUUGUGUAUUACUUUUAUAACCAGAAAAAAUAAAUAUUAGAAACAACCAC